AUGUUGGAGUUAGGAAGUAGAAGAUUAGAUAGUAUUAAUGAUAAACCAGAUAUUGAUAAUAUAAGUUAUAUGAAUCACGAUAAAAAGAAUAAAAAUAGGAAUUACGACAAUAAUAAUAAUUUUAGAUACUAUGAUAGGAAUUACGGUAAUAAUAAUUCUAGAUACCAAGAUAAUUAUAAUAACUAUAACUACAACAACUAUCGCUACAACAAUAAUAAUCAAUCUAAUUAUGGUAGAAAUAAUACAUGGCAUGAUAAUAAUCAAAGAAAACAGAUCCAAUACGGUGACGGAAAUCGUAACAAUUCCCAAUCUUAUAGCAACAAUUCAAAUAAUUAUAGAGGUAGCGACAACAGUCAGAGAAAGCAAAUACAAUAUAACAACAAUUCAAAUAAUUAUUGUGGUAGCGACAACAAUAAUAGAAAGCAAAUACAAUACAACAACAAUGAUUACAAUAUGAAUAUUGAAGAGAAAGUCGACUCUACAAAGAAUAAAGAUGAUAACGAUUUUAAUGUUAACAACUUAUCUGGGGACAUGCUUAAUGAUAAAGAUAAUGCAUUUAUGACUACUUUAAAAGUGAAUGAUAUUGUUACAAGUAUGCAAGUUGAUACAGGUUCCAAACAUACUAUCAUACCUCAUGGUCUGGCUAAAAAACUUGGUGUUAGAGAUGUUAAGAAAUCCGAGUUACAACUUACCGCUUAUGACGGAAAUUUAAUUAAGAUCAUCGGCAUUACACAAGUUAAAGUGACUUAUGAAGGUAUCUCAAAAUAUUUACAAGCGGUAGUCGUUGAAUCAAGGAAAAAUGCCUUGUUAGGACAGUGCGAAUCCAAAUUGACUAACGGGCCAAUCAACAAAGCAAGUGUCAAGUUACAUUUAAAAAGAGAUGCCCAACCUAAAAUUAUACCACCUAGACGUAUUCCUUAUUCAAAAGUUGAUCUUGUCCCGAUUGAUAAGAGUUGCAGAAAUAUUUUAACUAUAUCUACGCACAAGGGAUUUUACCGAUUUACUAGACUUCCUUUUGAGCUUAAGACCUUAUCUGCAAUCUUCCAACAAAUCAUGGAUGAAAUCUUCCGUGACAUGGAAGACGUCAUAUUUUAUAUUGAUGAUUUACUUAUAACUGGGGAAAACGAUAAAGCCCACCUUAAUAACAUAAAAAAAGUGUUUGAUAGAAUAUCAUCCUUUGGGCUAAUACCUAAUCUCAACAAAAGUGUUCUUUAA